GUUUUCUCCCGGUUUAACAAGUGGACGACUAGCUGAGUGCAGCAAGUAGUUCCUUAAAAAAAAUAAUAGAGCACAGGCAGCACAAGUGUAGCCCCAGAAGGCAGAGGGAAGUCAGGGGAAAGGUCAGAUGAAAUUACCCACAUGCUACAGACUUCUGCCCGGUGGGUACUCUGUUAACAAAGUGGACUUUAUGGAAACAUUUUUACCCUGGGAUUGGAAAAAAGGCAGUCAGCAUGAAUCACAAAGCCCCAGCUCCAAAGCCUCGAGGGGAUAGCUGUUUGAGGAUAAAGGACUCGGAAUCCCUUGAUACCUACAUACAGAACACACUCUCCGAACUCUAUCCACCUUUCAAGGCAACGGCCCCAACAGUCCUGUGGCAGCUCUUCAGCAUAGUUGAAAAAUUGUAUCAAGGAGAUGGCCUGCGCUGCCUGAUUGAUUUCCUUGUCCCGGCCAAGAGAAUCUUGCAGUGCAUUCAGCAAGAAACCUGUGCUAAGUAUACUGGUCUGAUUUUCCACCAUGAGGGUUGGCCAUUGUGCACCCAUGAGAAAGUGGUGGUGCAGUUAGCAUCUCUGCACAAAGUUCGCCUUGAGCCAGGAGAUUUCUACUUACAAGUUGUGUCUGUGGGUCAUCAGUCAGCCAAACUGGUUAUAAAACACCUCUCCCCAAAUGGAAAGGAAUUAGAAGAAGUGACUGUCCCUGACACCAUGUAUGGGUGUCUUUUCACCAUAGAAUUUUUGGAAAGUGUCAACUACAACCGGCAUCAAGUUCCUUUGCAGAACUGUUUGCUGACCUGUGGCCCAGCAGUUUAUCGCACCCGCUGGAAGAAUAUCACAAAUCCUAUCUUUGUCCCCACACCGGAAUCCAUCUUGCCUCAUUCUUCCAGCAGCUCACCUCCUGAUUUACCAAGUGACCCCAGUCCUGAAGACAAAAUAGAGAACAAUUGUUCCCAUGCAUGGAGGAAUCCAGUCAGUGGCCUGUCCAGUUCAGUCCACAGCUUAGGUGGCAGGGCUGAAAUGGAGAGUCCUGAGACUCUCAGAGAAGACUCUGGAGGAGAUCACAGAGGACUCAAUGUCUUUUCUCCUGAGAGGCCCAUCAUAGAGAGGACCUGGCCUGAGACCACCAAAAUGGGCGUGGAGAUAGAUGGACUGCUGAAUGGUGAAGAAGUGUCUGAUAAAGAGGAAGAGAAGACUAAUAGUAUGAAAAAUAUAACUUUCAGCCCAGAUCUAAGCAGGCCAGGUACUGAACAGCAGCAGCUCAGGGAUCCCCCCUAUUUUGAGACAAAGCGUCUGUUCCGAAAGUCAUACAUGGAAGCCUUGCAGAACCCAAUGCACCUAGGCUCCAGUUCUGAGGAGUCAAUAUCAGAUGAACCCUCUGCCCGAAUGGGACACUGUCUUGCAAAGCACACUGAAAAUAUGCUGGUGAACAAAGCUGCAGAAAAGGCAACUCGGGAAGAAAAUGAUCUUCCCAAAAGACUCGUCCUUGAAGAAGAACCAGAGGUAGUCAGGAGUCCUAAAAAUGUUUCCCAGCCUCUAGAGAAGUCUCAAAUCCCUGGAUCCUUCCUGAUAGUUGGGAACAGGGCUAUUCCCAGAAGAAGGUCUAGGUCUUUGGAUCGGUCACCCAAAAAUUCCCAGGACAGAGAUCGCAAGCCUCUGGGGGGUGCAGAAGACUCAUCAAAUGUGAACCCCCAAAGCCUCUUAAAUGGACAUGCUUUCAAACCGGAAAAGUGGGACUCUAGCAGCCAUUUAUUUGUGCCUGUGAAAAGCCACACUUGCCCUGAAGAGGAUGAAGAUGUGUCUCAGAACACAGAUGUGGUAGGUCCAGACAACUGUCUCCCAGGAGAUGACACCACCGUGUUUGCAAGCACAACUCCCAUGUUACGGCAGGCUGAAAACGAAUCACUCCCUACAAAUGCAGGAGACUUCUUUCACCGACCACCCAAUGGAUUACUUGCAAUCAACAGAGAAUUCCUCCAAUCCAGCGUCAUUGCCAUUCCUGGGAGCAGAGAUCGAAAUGGCAGAGCAAUCGUCCAGGUCUGCACCAGAAGUGCAUUUUGGCUAAGUGAACAUCCCACAAGUGCCAACAUCACUCAACUUCUGAUGUAUUUCUACAGCAUUCCCAGGAAGGAAAUACAGGAUUUGGGACUGGUUAUUUUAGUGGAUGCUCGAAAAUGUCAACCCAUUCCUGCCCUUUUCCAGGCUUUCACUACCCUACAGAAUACAGUUCCUCAUUCAGUUCAUAGUGUGCUGCUGUUGGUGGAUAAAGAAUCUUCAUUUAGGCCCGAAAAAGAUACAGUAAUUCAGUAUGAGGUCCUGAUGUCCCUGAAGGCUUUGCAUAAGCUCAUUGAUUCUGCCCAGCUGACAGCAGAUUUGGAUGGGACCUUUCCUUAUAACCACAGUGACUGGAUCCGUUUUCGUCAAAAAGUGGAGCCCUUUUCCAGGAACUGCAAAGAAGCCAUUCUUUUUCUACAAAACUCUGUCUGUUCCCUAAAUUCUAACAGAACUCUAAGCUCAGUGCAGGAGGUCAAGGAUUUAAUCAACCAACACAAGACAAUGAUGAAGCUUGUCCUGGAAGAUGACCUCUUGGUGACUUUAAGGCUGGAAGGUGGCACGGUUCUAGCCAGGAUUCGGAAGGAAGAGUUCUGUACCAGCGAAGAUCACAGAGAUGCUAUCGAAGCAAUAACCAGACUGUAUAAUCAGGUUGAUGAAGAAGUUCAUAGACUAGUUCUUUUGUCUAAUAAGAGUCUUCAGCAGCUGGAAAAUCUUCAGGAACUGAGAAAACUUGAGGAAGGUUGUGAUCAGAUUAAACUGUGGUUUGAAAAUGAACGAGAAAAAUACUUUGGCCCGUUGGAUAAAGAGUUGCUCUCAGUAGCCAAGGUGAAGAAAAAGCAAGAGGAGUUCCGUGUUUUUGGAGACAUGGUGAUGCAAUAUUGCAAGCAAGGAUUACAUCUGCUGAAAGAUAACAGAGCCCCAAUCUCAGAAGAGAAAAUUCAGAAUUUCAAGAGAUAUCUCAAGAGCAUUCUAACCCAGACAGAGAGGAGGAAAGGAAAGUUGGAGGAUCUGGCCAGCCUUUACGAGUUUUAUGAGACGGCAAAUGCGUGGCUGCUACACUGCAAUGAAUUUCUUGAACAUCUUACUCUAGAGACCAAAUAUUCUCCUUCAGACCUUCAGUGCUUGAAGAGCUAUCACCAAGAGGCCACAAAGGUUUCAGCAGAAAACUUCCAGAAGGUGAAUGACAUGGUGUUGGGCCUGGGAAGCCAGAAGGAACAGCAACAGUGGAUCCUGCUGUGGCUGCAAUGCCAACAGGCGAGGCAUCGUUUAGAAGAGGCUCUGUCUGCAGCUGCCCGCCUCAAGUCUCACGAGGCCCGGGCGGCCCAGGAGGGAGAAAUAGAACAGGAACUUGCCUGGGAGGAGAAGAAACAGCAGCCCUACUCCUUUCCUUUCCCUCAACUAUGCACGGGGGGCAACUUGGCUGAGAGAAAUGGACUGUCACUCUCCCCAUCAACCAGUUGCCCCAGAAGACCGGUGCUCUCGGAUCUGGAGGAUGUUACUCAGGAUGAGUGUGGGUGGAUCCCCCCAGCCCCAGUUCCCUUCCCAAGCGUCUCUCCGGUGAGUGGGCUGCCCAGAACAGGCCACAUUUUGGAUGACGCAGAUGAUGUCUCCACCAUCUCCUCCCUCCCUGAGCCCAGUGAGGCUCUAACUGCCCUCCACAGGAAGCACCCCUUAAAGAAAAUGAUGAAGAAAGCACAAGGCUUUGAACUGCCUCAGCUUGAAAGCAGCCCCCGUGUACUGCAACGGCAUAAGUCCACUGGGGUUUCUAUAAAGGGUCUGGAGGUGAUGAGCUGUGUGGCUCCUGAGAAGAAACCCUCUCUGCAAAGACCAAAUGUUCAAAGCCCAUUGGUCGGUAGAAAUCGGAGUUUAUCAUCCCCUUCACGGAUACAUCAUAUGGAGGAAGAAGAAAGAAAGAGAACAGGAAGCAAUAAAGUACAGCAUAUAAUGGAUGAAAUGAUCACCACCGAAAGGGAAUAUGUUAGAGCCUUAGGAUACAUCAUCGACAACUAUUUUCCAGAAAUGGAAAGGAUGGAUCUGCCCCAGGACUUGAGAGGGAAGAGGAAUGUAAUCUUUGGGAAUCUGGAGAAGCUCCAUGAUUUCCACAGCCACUAUUUUCUGAAAGAGCUGGAACACUGCAGAAACUGUCCCUUGCCUGUCAGCCACUGUUUCCUCAGACAUGAAGAACAGUUUGGGAUGUAUGCAUUGUAUAGCAAGAACAAACCUCAAUCUGAUGCUUUGCUUACCAGCCAUGGAAACAUCUUCUUUAAAAAUAAGCAGCAGGACCUGGGGGAUAAAAUGGAUCUAGCCUCCUAUUUGCUCAAGCCAAUCCAGCGAAUGAGCAAAUAUGCCCUGCUACUCAAGGACCUGAUUCAGGAAUGUGCCAAGACCCAGGCUCAAGAACUCAGUGACCUCCGGGCUGCUGAGGAAAUGGUAAAAUUCCAGCUCCGCCAUGGGAAUGACCUGCUUGCCAUGGAUGCCAUUCGAGGUUGUGAUGUUAACUUAAAAGAGCAAGGACAGCUGAGAUGCCAGGAUGAGUUUAUUGUUUCUUGUGGAAGAAAAAAGUAUCUAAGACAUGUCUUCCUGUUUGAAGAUCUCAUCUUGUUUAGCAAGACCAAAAAGAUUGAUGGGGGAUACGAUGUUUACAUGUACAAGCAGUCUUUCAAGACUGCUGAAAUUGGAAUGACAGAGAGUGUUGGAGACAGCGGCCUAAGGUUUGAGAUCUGGUUUCGAAGAAGGAGGAAGUCUCAGGACACAUUCAUCCUACAAGCCCGUUCAGCAGAAGUGAAAGUUUCUUGGACAAACAUCAUCGGUAAAAUCCUCUGGAGACAAGCUCUGAGAAACCGAGAACUCAGGAUGCGAGAAAUGGUGUCCAUGGGAAUUGGCAACAAACCAUUCUUGGACAUUGAACCCAGUGACGCAGCCAUAAGUGACCGGGCCAUUGAUUAUAUCAUGAAGGGAACAGAGUCAAGAUCUCGAGCAUCCAUAGCGGUGUCAUCGUUUGACCAUUCAACACCUUUUAAAAGACCCCAUUCCACUAUCUCAAAUAGCAGCACAUCUUCUUCAAGUGGCCAAUCGACAUCUUCCAUUCUGGGAUCCUUGAACCUGCAUACAUAUUCCAGUCCAGCUUAUCCAGGCCUGCCGAACCCUCCCUCCUACCAGUGGUCUUGGGAUAUUCAAACUUGUAUUGAAGAAGAUGAGCUGGAACAGGAAACUGGCAGCCAGCCUUCUAUGAUCACUGAAGGCUCAGAGUCAUCCCACUGUACUUCCGGGGACAGUGUGAGCGGCGUUGGAAGCUGGACACAGCCUGCUUGGUCCCCACAUCCUUCAGAGACGCUUUCAGAUGACGGGACUCUGAAUCCCGGCACCAACCCACCCUCCCAGUGUGCAUCUCCAGCGUUUCCUGAGAGAAAUCCUCAGCCCAAGUUGACCAGCAGCCCACAUGUCACAACUAACCAAAGCUCUCUUGUAUUAGGCCUCUCAACAAUGGUUUGACUGCAGGCAAAAUGUCACUAUAAUCCAUUUAAACAGGAAGACAUUUUUCAUGGAUCAUCCAGGGCCCAGAUUGGGACUUGCUUCCAGCGAAGACAUGCUUCCCUUUGCCUUUUUCUAAGCAGAGAGGGGAUUGGCCAAGGUGGGACCACACCUGCUGCCCCUCCCGCCCUCACAUUGUCGAGAGCCCAGGACCCAGUGGGAGACCCAAGAACUGACUGCUUCCUCCUCUCCACCAGUUCUUCAAUCCAUCCACUCUACCCAUCCUUAUGCCCUCCUCUCCUGCCAAGGGCAGGGAACCAGGAGGCCACUGUCACAUGAGCAAACGUGGCACCAGCAUGCCUAGGAAACACACAGAGAGUGAAGUGUGCCCAUUCAGGAAAAGCUACCUCUUUUCCUGCGGAGAUGCAGCUGAUAGUUGAUUUACCUGAGCCGAAUUACCUUCUGCUUGGAGGGCAUUGUCUAUGAAACCAACGGGGAUUGCAAGACUAUUGUUAACAUGAGCAUUCACAUUUGCAGACCUUUGCCCCGUGUAUGCAGAUGGAACUGAUCCCAGAGGCUUCUGGAAAUAAUGGAGGGAUCGAGUUCUUCAUCAUAUUAAAGGGUUUGUUAGUGAUUAGACAGGUGGUUUUGUUCUUCUCACAGUUGGUUCUCUGUGGUUGGCCCAAAUUCUACUGGGCUGUCACCAAGCAGAUCAAUUGAGCUCCAUUCAUAGCUGCCAUAGUGGGGGGAUUUGGCCCUGCUGUGUGAGUGGGUGAGGUGGGUACACUUAGGUGUUUGUCAGUAGCAAAUUUGAAUUUUCUUUUCUUUUCCUAAAACUCAGUGAGUAAUAGCCUGAGGGUUUUUGUGGUUUUUAGUUUUUUUUAACAUUGCUUGCUUUUGUGCAAUCCUGUCAAUGUAGAAGGGGAAAAUUGUAAACAAAUUAAACUUUUCUAAUUGCUUUUAUCUCCUUGCCUUUGGACAGUGCUAGGGAAGACUGAUGGUUUUAAACCUCAGGGGCACAUCCACCGAGGAUUCACAGCCACAGUGGGAAUAGCUAGAACCCAUGGAACAUGAUGGGCUUUAAAUAACCACCUGUAACUACUCUGUAGAGAUCAAAUGGAAAAAAUCUCAUUGCCAGUUGUUGAAGACAGUUUAGUUUUUUACUUUGCUACAAUAUUGUCUCAUUUGAUACCUAAAAAUAAAUGGAGCCUGUUUCCUACCACA